AUGAGCGACGGAGACCACCGAAAGCGCUACAGAGCAGAACCGCCUGAUGCUGAGUUUGCCCUCCAGAAAGCACGAGAGAUUUGGAAUCGUGACACCCGGAGACCAAGAGCUGUGGCUAUUGAAGAUGAGGAUUUUCGAGGUUUCUUUGGCUGUAGUGUUCUGGUCUUCCUUUCUCUUUGGACUCUACUUGAACGUUUUGAUCAGAUCCCACCCGGUGGAGAAGCCUGUCACCUCAUGUGGACUCUCAUGUUUCUCAAAAUCUAUGCCCGAAAUACUGUCUUGUCUUCUUUGGCUGGUGGUGUUGACCCAGAUACAUACAUGAAGUGGGUGUGGCUCUUCCUCGAUGGCAUCGUUUAUCUGGAGUGCCAUGUGAUUAUUUGGGAGAAUCGACUCAAGCUUGACAGAGGCAAUGAUUGUCUCACUAGCGUGGACUGCACUGAUUGUCGGAUUCCCAACCAUGGACCAGAUUUUGCUUCCCACAAAUUCAACAAAAAGAGUGGUUUGCGAUAUGAGAUCGCUCUUUGCAUUUUGACCGGUGAUGUUGUUUGGAUGAAUGGUCCUUUCGAGUGUGGAAAAUGGCCCGACAUUAGCAUCUUUCAAUCUGCUCUUUUGGGUAUGCUGGCUGACAAUGAACGUGUGGAGGCAGACGAUGGCUAUGUCGGUGAUCACCCAAUGUACAUCAAGUGCCCAGCUGGAUUCGCCAACCCAGAGGAAACUCUCUUCAUGCAGCAGAGAGUUCGCAACAGGCAGGAAACAAUCAACGAGCGAGUGAAGAAUUGGAAGGCCUUGGAUGGCAUGUGGAGGCAUGAGAUCACCCGCCAUGGGGAUGCCUUCCGUGCCAUUAUCAUUGUCAGCCAGCUAGCAAUCAACAGUGGGGAGCGGUUGUUUCCAUGCGGCUACCGAGAUCCACCCUACCAUGGUCCUGGAGGCGAAAUGGACCUUGGGAGUGAUGACGAUGGCCUCUGA